AUGCACCGGACAGGGUGCGCUUCCGCGUUUUUGCGAAUCAGCGACGGUGUCGGCGGCCCGUUGCUGUUUCUGCUGCUGCUACUGCAGUUGUCUUCGCUCCAGUUGUCGGUUGGGACGACGACGACGACCGCGUCGGGCACGACCGAUCGUUGGCGACCGCAAAGAUUUGGCGGCGGCGGUGUCAUCGACGACCGCGACGAAAGGUUGCAGGACAACGAGAUCGUCGAAGACCAUCGCGUGAAACCGUCAGCUCCUCUCACACCCGUCGAACCCUUAUUCGACUAUGUGGCUUCCCUGUACAUGGAGAAGAUGGUCCGCCGCUGGGCACCUCUAAUAUGGUUGGCACCGGACGAACAAUUCCUGCCGGGUUCCGUGACCGAUUUCUUGAAUCACGUGACGCCUAAGCCACGUAGCCUGUCCAACGACAUACAGCAACACUCUAAAGUGCCAAUGGGCCCGGAUUCGCAGUCGUGGUUUUUGGUCACCAAGUCCGAAGUCGAACAACUGCUGGAAAACACUACUUCCGUACUAUACGGACAGAACCCGAACACGACCACCGUGCCCGUCUACGCUCACGUCACGCAAUGCGGUCAUAAACAUUUCCACGUGUCGUAUUGGCUGUUUUUCCCGUUCAGCCAGGGCAAGCCGAUAUGCACACUGGACAUGGGCUUGCUCGGCCCGCUCCCGUUGCCAGUCUUCAACAACAGGUGUUUCGGCACCCUCAAAGAGUUCGGCAGCCAUGUCGGAGACUGGGAACACAUGAGUCUCAUGUUUAAUGGCUACGACGAACCGGAAGAAAUGUAUGUGUCCGUGCACGAUGCUGGCGCGUUUUAUCGGUUCGAUCGAAAUCGGCGGAAGUUUGUUUUCAACCGACAAGAGGUGCGUAAAGGUUUUUUGCAAAAACCUAAGUUUCCCGAAGUGGUGCACUUGACAGACGAGGGCAAUCAUCCGGUGCUGUUCGCGGCCAAGGGAUCUCACGGCCUGUGGACCGCUCCAGGAAAACACAAAUACGUGCGGAUACCGCGGUUGUACGACGACAGUGGCUACGGAUUUCCAUGGAAAACUUGGCUAAAAGUCGACGUGUUGAACUCGUCGAAAAAACUUCCCAUCUGGAUGCAGUAUUACGGCAAAUGGGGAAAUCAGCGCAGUAAAUGUCAUCCACUCUCCAAAAUGGGCUUGCAGAUCUGUCAGUUUACCGACGGUCCGACGGGUAUACCAAUGAAGCAGCAUGAUUUCCGUUGUCAUAACGCGACCAACUAA